CCCGCCUACAGGAGCAAGAAGGAUCAGCUGACGUAGUAAACACAACAUGCUGCCCCUCGCUGUCAAGCCCAUCACGUCUUAGUUCCCAUCGCUGCCCUUCAUACCAACAAUGACACUAAGGCGUAAUUCUUAAACUUGUCUCGUUUAGUCGUCGCCCUUCCAUCCGCUGAAAAGAACGACUUCCAAGCCUUGCCUAAUGAACAGGAAAGUGGCAUUGUUGAUGAUUUAGGGAUGAGGACGAUCGUGGGAUCAUAUGUGCCCGAAGUGGCAUUGUGACGCGUCUCCUGACACCACUCUUGCAGUCGUCGGGAGGAGGUGGAACCCUUGACGCAAACGGCACGGUACCUUAAAGAAGAGAACCUCUGCUGCCUGCCUGCAGUACUCCUGCCAGAAGGUACCUUCACACUUCAAUCACCAUCGGUGAACUAUGGAGCAAAACAAAACGUGCAGAUUUUACGUCAAGCGCAAAAAGCGGUACUGCAAGAUGUUGGUUAAAGUGGGACAGCACUACUGUGGGCAGCACCUGGUUGAAGAGCACCUUAAUGGGGAAAAGAACCAGUUCAAGAGAAUUCCUUGUCCACUAGAUCCAAAACACUCCUGCUUUGAGCACCGGUUGGAGCACCACUUGGCAAUUUGUAAUGCUCGGGAGAAGACUGGCCUGUCGUAUGUGAGUCGCAACAUUAACCUCAGAGAUGGUGUCCUAGAAGAACCUCCAAGAAUUCCAUUGUCUUCAUUGACAGACCCAGAGCUGUUAUCCCUCAUUGCCAAAGUUGAGGCAGUUCACAAAGAAAAUGUUGGAAAUAUCAAAGAAUCAGUCUUGAGUCAUGCAAGCUUGGAGAAGGAGAUAACAACACCAGGUUAUGGCCCCAGCGUAGUGCGACAUUUGAGCCAGAACUCCUCGAUUCUUGGCCAUUUAGAGAGUGUUGGGCUACUUAAUACAUCCACCAUACCAACCUGCUUUGUUGAGUUUGGUGCUGGCAGAGGCCAGCUGACAAAUUGGUUAACGGAGGCAGUAUCUGACACUUCAAAAGCUCUCUUCGUGCUAGUGGACAAAGGAGCCCAGAGAUACAAGUUUGAUGCAAAGCUCAGGUACAAUUCCGAGCUCUCGAUACAACGAUUACGUGUAGACAUUCAACACCUCAACCUGGAAGGUGUAGCAAGUCUUGACACUUAUGAUCGUAUUGUGGGUCUUGGAAAGCAUCUGUGUGGAGGUGCUACUGACUUGGCCCUCCAUUGCUUGUCAAGAUAUUCCCGACCAGUGGUGGCUGGUCUGGUACUGGCUCUGUGCUGCCACCAUCGCUGUACCUGGCUUACCUACUCAGGUUUUACUUUUCUUUCGGAAUCAGGAUUCAGCUCCAAUGAGUUCUACACAUUAACAGCCCUCACAAGCUGGGCAACUUGCAACUCAAAGGACAUUCCAAGCAAGGAAAAUGUAGGUGACAUAGAGAAUUUACAAGAAAAUGACAAAGACUAUGAACACAGUGAGAGAGACAAAAGGGUUUCUGAUGUAUCAACCCUUAUGCCACAAGAAGAUAGUAAAAAUACACCUUCAGAAGAUAAUCAGCUAAUAGAAAACCGAUACACACGGUUAAAUUUGUCAGCCCAGUAUCGAGAAGAAGUUGGGAGAAAGGCAAAGCAGUUAUUAGAUUACGGUCGAGUUAAGUAUUUAUGUGAUCAAGGGUUCCAGUGUCAUCUUGUACAGUAUGUGUCUAAAGAGAAGACAUUAGAAAAUAUUGCACUUGUGGCCAACUUUGUUGGUAGUUAACACAAAUUUGUUGAUAAAACAAAGUUCAGUGGUGCACAGUAUAUUGUUAAUUUUACUAAAUAUUCUUAGAGAAUAAAAUGAAUAAAACUGUUCUUAAGCACAGUUUAUAGUGUUUAUAAAGAAAUACAAUAUGUCCAAAAUAAUUGGAUUCACAAAAACUAUUUAUAAAGUUGUUCAGUUUUUUAGGCUGUAGCAAACUUUGGCAUUGUUUGGUUAGUAGCCAGUUUCCUUCAACUUUAGUUACUUUUUCAAACUUGUAUUAUAAGUGGCCAUAAACCUGGGCCACACCUUACUGAACAAUAGUACAAUUCAGAACAACAUAAGUACAGUAUUGAACCAUAAGCAUAUCAUACAAUAUACUGUACAGUUGACGCACAACUUCACAGGUUUCUCUAGAGCUGUACUCGCCUAGUUUGUGCUUGCGGGGGUUGAGCUCUGGCUCUUUGGUCCCGCCUCUCAACUGUCAUUCAACUGGUGUACAGAUUCCCGAGCCUAUUGGGCUCUAUCAUAUCUACACUUGAAA